GUCGUUUUGCAGAUUUGAAUUCCAAGAAGCCGUACCACUAAAUUUUCCGAAUACGAUUUCAUGGACCAUGCCAAGAAAGACAUUUGGUUGUUGGAGUCGCUCUCUCGCUCACUGGCUCAGUGACAACGCACCUGGCUCCAGCCAGGACAGCUGUGUACUGCCAGACUGCGACUCUGCAACUUCCGCCAUCAUGGUCCAGACCAGAGAUCUAUCGCGUUCAUUCAUCUACCUCAUCUCUAUUAUCUUUACUGCAUCGACGCGCUCGGCUGAAGAUUCCCUUCCCCAGCCUGCAACACUCACUCAAACCAAAGUUGCCAAUAAUGGAGUUCCAGGACGGGGUCAUAAUAAAAACUAAAAAGAAGGAACGCGUUGAUCUAACUAAACUAAACUAAACACCUGAAAUAAUCACAUUCGGCACAGAAACAAAAGCAUUACAUAUAUAGAUAGAUAAUGA